AUGGCACGAGUUUUGGUUGGUGUGAAGCGCGUUAUAGAUUAUGCUGUUAAGAUUCGUGUGAAACCAGAUAAAACAGGCGUUGUUACAGAUGGAGUCAAACACUCCAUGAAUCCAUUUGAUGAAAUCGCCGUGGAGGAGGCGGUUCGAAUGAAAGAAAAAAAAUUAGCCUCAGAAAUAGUUGCUGUUUCUUGUGGACCAGCCCAAGCGCAAGAAACCUUGAGAACUGCUCUUGCGAUGGGAGUGGACCGUGGUAUCCACGUUGAAAUCUCAGGUCCUGAAUAUGAGACCCUGCAACCCAUUCAUGUGUCCCAGAUUCUUGCCAAAAUUGCAAAAGAUGAGAAAGCUGAUCUAGUUAUUGUUGGAAAACAGGCAAUUGAUGAUGACUCAAACCACCGUUUUAGAUCAUCUGGGGAUGUACCUCAGCUGGGGCUAAAGCUAUUUGAUGCUGGAGGACUGAGGGAACUCAGAUUAUAUGUUCGUAAAAAUCGGCCACAUGUAGCUGUAGCAAAAUACUAUAACUCACAAAGGUUGGACUGCUUCCACUACAUUCCUUAUACGUACAGCAAGAUUCAGAACCAUUAUAAGUGA